AUGGGCGGUCCAAAGCACGGCGGGGGCGACGACAGCGACGACGCGACUGACCGGCUCCUGAACGCGCGCGAGAAGAACUCACGCUGGGAGCGCCCGGUCCCGUGGUACCAGCAAAAGCGGGCCGUGGUGGGCUACGCCGCCGUCUUGAUCGUUCAGCUGGUCGUCGCCGUCGGCUUGGCCGUGCUGCUCGGCCGGACUCGAGCUGAGCUACGCGGCCAGAUCCUGUACUCGCCUGCGAAUGAGGCCAUCGACUGGAGCGUGCAGGAGUUCAACUCGGGCAACGGCCUGCACGGCGACUAUAUCGGCCCGCCGCGGCCGGCGCUGGAGAAGGCGUGGGCAGAGCUCCUGGGGCCAAUGAACCUCAGAUUGAGUCGGGAAACCAUAGUCAAGUAUCAUCGCGAGGGCGAGGCGGUGGCCCUGAGUGAUGGUACCGGCUACGCGGGGAGCUUGAAUGUCUACCAUGAGUUGCACUGCGUGAGAUGGCUACAUAAGUAUGUAUGGAACGAUAUGUACUGGCCCGAUGCAGACGCGGAGACGAAGAGAAAGAACAGGUCGCACAGCGAUCAUUGCCUCAACACGCUACGCAUGUUCGCCAUGUGCCACGGCGACGUGGGACCCGUCAUUUACAGCUGGCAGCCGGGGAUUCUCAAGCCCGGCGCCAACGGGACGGCGCACCAGUGCGUUGACUGGUCGCGGCUCUCGCAUUGGGCCAGUGAGAGGGCCAUUGACAUCUACGAGCCUGGCCUGAUCGUCAAUCCAGAGCUUGGUACGUAUAGAAAUCUCAGCAUCUCAAUGAUCUUGCAGGGCCGUACCUCUAACUAG